AUGCGUCUGUCUUUCCUAAAUCCUCAGGAUUUCCUGUCCAACGGCUGCUUUGGUGCCGUGUGGUCUGCGAAGUACCAUACGGCUAAGGAACUUGACGCUCCAAAUGACUUAGCUGUCAAAGUUCUCUACAACUUCUACGCGGCCAAUUCCGAAGACGGAGACAUUGAUGUUUCGGAUUCAUCCCGCGACGAAUACCAAGACUCUUCGAUGUCUGUCCACUGGCAUCUACUGCAUAAGCAAGUACAACGUGAAUGUGACUUGCGUCCUGCCGCCUAUCAUCCAAAUAUUGUGCCGGUGUGGAAGAAGUUCUUUGACAGAGCGCCACCAGCACCAAAGACCGUCGAUAAUUCAUCGGCCUCUGAUGUCUCUUCGAUGCAGCCGUGGCAGAAUGCAGAACAGUUCCAGGAAGGUUUUGGAGGCCGACCAGUCACAUGCUACCUAGUCAUGCCCAAGUUUGAAGCGAACCUGGAUGACAUGCUUAAUCACAAAUGGUGUCCACCUAGUACUGCCAUUACUGAUCCUCAGUCAUCAUCCUCUUAUCACUCAAAUUCCCCCUCGUCUAUUCCUUCCAACCCCAAUUAUCGUUUGCCAGUGGAAGAGGGAGUGUCUCUCCUGGCGCAGAUAUUCGAGGCGAUAGCAGCAUUGGAGCGUUCUGGGGUUGCCCAUCGCGACCUAAAACCCUCUAACGUGCUCGUUCGUUCACGGUCAUCGAGACCAAACAGUACGGGCACACUUAAUGGCGAUGAAUUGGAAGUAGCAAACUGUCGCCUGCAGGCCGCACUCACGGACUUUGGCUGUGCUACCGAGACUGGUAGGAGGCAGGAAAACGCUCUCUCAUUGACAGACCUAAUAUCGCAUAGUGGUAACACUGCUCUUUGGCCACCCGAAGUAGCCAAGCACUUUGCCAACCAUACCGAUGGCCUUAACCCCGAAAAGUAUUCACGGGCGGACCUCUGGUCGGCGGCGACGAUCGCCUACCAAGUGUUUGGUGGACAGAAUCCUUUCCUUACUGGUGUAAGUCGAUCCCUGUAUUCUUGUAGCUGUUUUCUCUUCAGUACUUUACAUUCCCGCAAAGUCAGGUGA